AUGACCCAAUGGCUCAAAAUAUUCAUAAUAUCAAGCACUAUAGCCAUAAUAUCAUUAUUAGCAACAUACAUCAACACCAAUAGCUGUCAAUGUCCAUCAAAUAACACAUCUACAACAUCCAGCCAUGACUCUAACAACCAAAAUCAAGAAGAUGAAAUCCUUGCAGAAUGGACAAUUGAGUCUGAAAUGGAAAAAUAUCCACAAAUUUUCAAAGACUAUCUGCAAACCAAGCCAAAGUAUUGGUUCCAUCACACAAAAGGUCCAGAGCAUCACUACAUCUUCCAAACUGUCGAGACAGUCCUCAACAGGCUAGAUUUUCAGAAAAUAGAAAUGGAUUUGACAAAAUUUCACUUCGAUUGGGAUAUCCUCUGGUCUUAUCAAACUCAUGACAUCCUGAAACUUCCAGUCGACUGGAGUCAGUUGAAGUUUCAUCAAAAAAUCAAUCACAUACCUGGAAAUCAUGUCUUAACCUCAAAAAGCAUCCUUGGGACAACAACAGAGUCAAAAUAUGUCCCGAAAGCAUUCACAGAUGUUGAAAAAUUAAGAGAAUAUGCAGCUGUACAUCCUGAAACAAAGUUUGUCCUGAAAUGUAAAGCAAAUCGAGGAGUUCAGCUGAAGAAAGUUUCUGAAAUGAAUUUUACAGACACUGAGCAUUAUUUGGAUGACUUUGCACAGGAAUUUAUUGACAAUCCACUUUUGUUUCAUGGACACAAGUUCGAUUUUGCUGUCUAUGUAGUCAUCACUUCCAUUCAGCCACUUAGAAUCUAUUACUACACCAAGAACUUGCUUUUAAGGUUCUGUCCAAAACCAUACAGCUCAUCAGAUCCAGAUGAUACAGACAGCUACGUCGUUAGUGACACAAAAACACCAGUUUGGGAAUUUAAUGGAACUAGAAAGUAUUUUGAGAAUGGAUAUAGCACUAAGGAUGCAUUUGAAGGGUUUCUUAAGAGUGUUGGAGCUGAUGUUGUUGGAAUUUGGAAGAAGAUUGAGGAUUGCAUUAGGUCCAUUAUUAUGAUGAAGGAGAAGGAUUUCAUACAUUGGACUAAAGUAGCAGGAACUUCGAAACACAACCACUUUGAACUCAUCAGAUUUGACAUGAUCCUCGAUAACAACCUUGACCUUCAUCUAAUUGAAAUCAAUCAGCAUCCUAAUUUAUAUCCAUCAGCUAAUUUCAUCCAAAAUAAGUUUCUUUACGAGAAUCUUAUCUUCAAUUUAUUCAACCUAAUUGGAGUAGGAACGAGCUAUAGUAAAGAAAACCUGAAGAUUCCAUCGAUGGAUGUUCAGCAGAUGAUUGCAGAAGGUCAUUCAAUGAAUGUUAAUCCACAAUCAUGUUUGAGUAACAAUUGUCAAAACAGUUGUGAUGGUGACUGCAUGUUCUGUAGAAAAUGUCUAACAGCUGAUGAAGUUUUUGAUAAUUUACAAGCCUACCGGGAGCAGAUGAACCUUGGAGAUUUUAAAAGAAUUUUUCCAGCUGAACAGGAAGAUGACGAGAGUGUUGGACUUGAUCUGUGGGGCAAAGUGUCUAAAGAAAGUGUGAAACAUGCUCAUUGGUUUGGUGAAAUGUGUGAGAAAAAUCGAUAUUUUUGUUAA